AUCGCUAUCUCUCUCCUCCCUCACCUGACCUCUUCCUCUCUCGCCGUCUUUUCUGACUUCCGCUGCCCCUGCCCCCGGUGGUCCCACCACACCCCCACCGCCCCAUUAACCAAAAGUUUCCGGGUCCCAUGGAAUCUACGUCCCAACUUACAUGAUACGUAUAGCAAUCCUCGCCGAAAAAACCCCAGAAUUAUUCGAAUUUUUUUUAAUUUUUAUUUAUUUUUUUUGUAUUUUAAAUCUGCCCGUCUGUAUAAAAAUCAUUAGCGUCUCCCAUACCAGAUGGUGAAAAUGGUGAAAUAUCAUUGAAGCUCGUGGUGAUUUGUCGCCGUGAUGUAGAAGCCAUUUCCCUUGUGGCUUUUACGGAAGGUGGUGUUUGACUUUGAAACAAUAACCAGUUUUUAUUUUUUUUAUUUAUUGAUUUUUUAUAUUUAUUCAGAGAGGUUGAGGGGGUCUGGUGGUGCUGAGGAGGGUGUCCAAAUUAUUUAAUUGGAAGAGCCUGCUGAUUGAUGGGAUUUGGUUGGUUUGAGGGAAUUUUGGUUCUGAUGGAGAUGAGCUUAUCAGGAUUUGAUGCAGCCACAUUCUUCCAAAAGGGUUCAAAAAAGUUUGUUUCUCUUUCUUCAACUAGUUUUUAUAAGGUUAGAGGUUGUUGUUGAUGGGCUUAAAGAACUUCGGAUUUUCGAGUUUUUCGAGAUUUUCGAGCUUGUUUGUAGCUGAAUUCAGGUUGUUUGAGGAUUUCCCAGUUGGAUUUAGGCCUUCGUCUCGGCUGAAGGAGAAGGGGGAGGUGAUUAAGGAGGUUUUUGGGGUAUAACGCUGGUUGGGAUUUGUGAGAAUUACUGGGGAACAUGGAGGAGGAGGCCUAUUCUUGGAUUCGGAGAACGAAGUUUUCGCAUCGGUUUGAUUCUUCAAGGUUGGCCUCCCUUCCGUUAGCCCUGCAGGACAACCGGAUUGCCGGAUUAAAGUCAAGGCCUGCGACAGCGGUGGCAGAAGCGGAAGCGGCUCCCUUGAAGCAGAAAUCGAGUCCCAGUAAUUCAAAGAUACAGAGGAAUUUUGUUCAUACACCGGUUAAGCGAAAUCUCCUUACCAACAAGCAGAGAUCUUUGUCCCCUCUGCCUCAGACCAACCUCUCUGAUGCGUUCAAGGAAGCGAAGUCUGAUACUAAGAGGUUUUCAACACCACAUCCUAAGAGAAAGGGGAUGGGAAGAUUGUUCAGUAAGGAUUCGCAUAGUAAGUCAUCGAAUUCGAUGAAUACGAGCCCCCUCAGGCACUUGGCUUCUAUGAAAGUCAAUGACAAGACGAAGAGCCGGAAGGAAUCGCCUUGGGCCAAGUACUUUGAUCAUGCUGGCGGGAGAGUUAAUGCUUUGGAAGCUGCCGAUGAAUUUAGUGUUGAUUUGUCGAAGCUGUUUCUCGGGCUUAAAUUUGCUCAUGGGGCGCAUAGCAGGCUUUACCAUGGUAUUUACAAUGACGAAGCUGUUGCUGUUAAAAUUAUCAGGGUGCCAGAGGAUGACGAUAGCGGAGUCUUGGCAGCUCGAUUGGAGAAACAGUUUAAUAGAGAAGUCACUCUUCUAUCUCGUCUCCACCAUCCAAAUGUCAUAAAGUUCAUCGCAGCGUGCAGAAAGCCACCCGUUUAUUGUGUAGUCACGGAAUAUCUAUCAGAGGGUUCCUUGAGGGCAUAUCUCCACAAACUUGAGGAAAAGUCUCUUCCUCUGGAGAAACUGGUUGCCAUUGCAUUGGACAUUGCUCGGGGAAUGGAAUACAUACACUCAAAAGGAGUCAUUCAUCGGGACCUUAAGCCCGAAAAUGUUCUUGUUGAUGCAGAAUUCCACCUGAAAAUUGCCGAUUUUGGUAUAGCUUGUGAGGAGGCGUACUGUGAUUCGUUGUCUGAUGACCCUGGGACAUACCGUUGGAUGGCCCCAGAGAUGAUCAAGCGUAAAUCCUAUGGGCGUAAGGUUGACGUGUACAGUUUUGGACUCGUCUUGUGGGAAAUGGUGGCUGGAGCAAUCCCCUACGAGGAUAUGAAUCCCAUUCAGGCUGCUUUUGCUGUUGUAAACAAGAAUUUGAGACCUAUUAUCCCGAAGGGCUGCCCGUCUGCAAUGCAAGCAUUGAUCGAGCAUUGUUGGUCCUUGCAUCCGGACAAAAGGCCCGAGUUUCCGCAGGUUGUAAAAGCAUUGGAGCAAUUCGAGUCUUCCCUCGCCCUCGACGGAACCUUGACUCAUGUAACAAGUCCAAUCUGCCAAGAUCACAAGAAGGGGAAGCUCCUUCACCGGAUUCAGAAGCUUGGUCCUGCGCAUCCUCAUAGUACACCAACGCCUAAACCCAAAUUCUCUUGAACCAUCAUCUUUCUUGUGAGACCUCCUGGCUUUUGUAGUGUCACCAGGUCAAAAUUGUAAUUAAAGAAAAGGGUUUGUCUUCUUUAAUCGUCAUCUUAUUUGAUGUCACAUUCAUGUGGAACAAGUGGAAGUGAACCAACUGAUUGAUAGGCAUGCAUCGGAGUGAAGCAGAUAUAUCUUUUCUAUAUUUUACACGCACACCACAAAUGCUUAUCAAUUUUGCAUAUUUUAAUCUCUCA